AUGGUCAGCAGGUGCAGCCUGUGCGCAUCCUUGUGCCUGCCCGAGGCAGAAGCGUGUUGCGGCAAGAGGUGCCCGUCGGAGGGUGUGGCCUUCGCCCCGUGUCCUCCAACCCGCCCCAAAAGUCGACCCCCCCCACCCUUCGAAGGCACCUGGGGGUCCCUGGCCAGGAGGCGAGGCAUGUUGGCCUCCAGCCACUCAAACAGCUCUGCAUCCCUGAUCAGGCCAUACUUGAUGAUCUCUGCAGAUAGGGAACAGGGCCAGCAGGAGCGUGAUGGCAAUCGUGAUGACUAA